CAUUUAACAAUUAGAAAACUAGCGAGCAACGCAGAAAAUUUGUAGAACGAACAUUUCGAAAAUGUGUCAACAACAGCAACAAUUAGCAGCGCAGCAAAAUAACUCUAACCAAAAGUCCAGCUAUAGCAUUAAGCGUGUCUUGCAGACAUUCUUCCGCAACAAACAACAACAAAAGCAAGAAAAAUUGCAACGCCGUCACCAACAACAGCGUUUGCCAGCACCACAACAACUGCAGCAGCAGCAACAAUAUCCAUAUCAGCAACAUCAACGUUUAUGGUACUCAUUGGAAUCUUUGGAAUCUCUAGAGAAUCUGCGCAAUGCACAAAUGGAAGAACAACAUUACUACGAAGAGAUCGAAGACAAUUCAGCCAAUGAGAAACUGGCCGAACUCGUACAAGAAGCGGAUGAUUCACAGGCGGAGCAUGAUGUCUAUGUGCCGGUACGUUUUGCACGCACCGAAGCGGGCACCUUCUUCUGGACCACCAAUCUACAGCCGGUGUUGAGCAGUUUCACACCUGUAGCCGCCGAUGAGGAUCUGCUGCAGCCCAGCUAUUGCUACAGCAAUGCACAAUAUCCACACAUGCAGUAUCCCCAACAUAACGGUGACCGUUGGGCACAAGCCUAAACUGAAGUGUGUGUCUCUAGUAGACGCUUAACAACUGUGCUGGCUAUUCCUUUGGAAUUACUGUGACCGGAGCUUUAGAUAUUUGUGAUACUCGUUUGUAGCGGCUGAAGUACUUCUGAUUAACUCGUAUUGACAACAUGUAACUGUUGCAUUAACGCGCUUCCAAUUUAGUGUUUAAGUUUUGUAAACAAAUCUCAA